AUGACUCUGGCGCGACCACUACCGCCGUGCGCGCAUCCCUCACAUUCUCGGCAGUCUGUAUGGGCGGCAGCGAUUGGCAUCUUGCUGCUGGCAGGAGCUCGAGCUGCUGUAGCACAGACAGGUGACCACGUCAGUAAGAGUGCCGUCACAGUAGCUGAUUCUACCUCAAACAAAGCUUCUCCUAACGGGAACGUUAGCAGCAGCAGCCUUGUGAGGAAUGCGGCAGGUGGUGCAACAAAGAAAGUGGUUGGUGGCGAGGGAGAAGAGGGAGAAGGAGAGGUGGGGAGAGGGCAGGAGGGAGAGAGGAGGGAGUUGAGAGGGGGGCAGGGUGGGGAAGAGCAGGGGAGGGAGGAGGAGAGGGAGGGUGCGGAGGAGGAGGCGGAGAUGGGUCGGGCGUACAGCCGGUGGGUGGAGAAGCCGGCAAGCCUGAGCGUGCCUCUUAGAGUGGUGGCACUCAGAGGCACAGUGGCGAGCAUGUGGCGCAAGGACUUCCUGCUAUCCCAGUCGGGCCUGGCGAAGCUCACAGUGGACGUGCGCCCCUCCCACGCCGCCAUCGCCUCCGACCUCCUCGCCCCGCUCCCCACCACCACCACCACCACCACCACCACCACCACGCCCGCCGCCGCCCCCUCUCCCUCCGCCGCCCCGUCGUCUGUCCCCUCCACGGGGCAGAAGAAGGCCUGGGGGAAGAAGGGCCGCGCACAACCAUCCCUGCGCUCCGCUGCCGCUGCUGACGUUGUCACUGUAGGGGACAGGUGGCUCAAGGAGCUGAUAGCGCGCGGAGCCCUGCUGCCUCUGGAUGGCGUGGAGCGAUCUGAUUGGUUCAAAGCCCUGGGACCCACGUGGCUGAGGCUGCUCGACCGCACCCCCUCCGGCCACCUAACCCUUCCAGACGUGCGCACCAGCAGCAGCGCCACCACCACCAGCACCAGUGGCAGCAGCAGCAGGGAGGGCGGGGAGGGGGCGGUGAGGGGCAAGGUGUACGCAGUGCCGUACCGCAUGGGGUACCUGGCAGUGGCGUGGCGGCCCGACAGACUGCAGCAGCAAGGCGUCAAGCCCAUCCAGGUAGGGCGGGGGGACGGGAGAGGAAGGAGCCUCGUCCUCCUUUCUGUGUCGUCUUACCCAUGCACUAAUCUCGACCCAACAUUCUCCUCCAUCCACCCUCUCCUUUUCCUCUUCUCCUCUCCCACCACCACCCUCUGCCAACCCCUCUUUAUGCCCUUUUCUUUAAACCCCUUCCCUCCCACCACCGCCGCCCAUCCCUCUCCAUUCCUCCACCCCUCUCCAUCCCUCUCCAUCCUUCAUCAGACGUGGAACGAUCUCUGGCAGCCAGCACUGCGCGGACAGGUGGCAGUAAUUGAUUCGCCAAGAGAGCUGCUCGCAGUGACGAUGAGGUCGCUAGGAGCGUCGUUCAACGCGCACAGCCCGCUGGACGCGCAUGUGCCGGGAGGCAUGCCCGCUCUCAAGGCCAGGUGGCAAGCCCUCCUGCACCAGAUUCGCGUGUGUGACAGCAGCAACUACCUCAAGGCCUUUCAGGCAUCAGACGUGCUAGUGGUGGUGGGGUGGUCCUCGGACCUGCUCCCCUUCGCCCGUCGCAACAACAACAUCACCGUCGCCGCGCCUGCUGACGGCACCCUCCUCUUUGCCGACCUAUGGGCCGUGCCCGCUACAGCGCGCUACAACAUCCCCAAGGCUGCUUGGCGCAACCGCGGGCCCUCGCCACUCAUUGGGCAGUGGAUGAAGUUUUGCCUGCAGCCCGCCCGGGCAGUGCCCCUGGAGCGGGAAAUCUUCUCGGCCUUCUCCCCCACAGCAGAGCUGAACCAAGUGCUGCUGGGGGACAAGAAGGGGGGAGGGGCGGCACAGGGGCAGACGAUGCAGGGCCGGGUGAAGCAGGCGAUUGAGGCUGUUGGACUGGCGUUGGAUAAGGUGUGGAGAAGAGGGUGA